AUGGGUGGCUAUGUCCUUCUCAGGAAAGACAGGCCAGCAAGGCGAGGUGGUGGAGUUGCUCUUUAUGUGCGAGAGCAACUGGAAUGUAUUGAGCUCUCCCUGGGGGCAGAUGAAGAGCAAGUGGAGAGCUUGUGGGUGGUGAAGGAGCCAACAAGGAGAGGUGUACUACUGGGCCUAGUACUGACAAACAAAGAAGGUCUGGUGGAGGAUACUAAGGUUGGGGGCAGCCUUGGCUGUAGUGAUCAUGAGAAGACAGAGUUCAGGAUGGUGGGUACUAGGCACAAAACAACAAGUAGGACUGCAACCUUGCACUUCAAGAGGGCUAACUUUGACCUCUUCAAGAAACUGCUUAGAGAAAUCCCAUGGGCCAGGGCUCUGGAAGGCGAGGGGGCUCAAGAGAGCUGGUUGAUAUUCAAGUACCACUUCCUCCAAGCUCAGGAUUGGUGUAUACGUAAGAGCAAUAAAUCAGGCAGGAGACCUGCUUGGUUGAGCAGGGAGCUUCUGAAAAAGCUCAAGUGGAAGAAGGAAGUUUACAGUACGUGGAAGAAGGGACUGACCACUUGGGAAGAUUACAAGAAUGCUGUCAGCACAUGCCAGGAUGAAACGAGGAAAGCCAAGGCCUCCUUCAAGUUAAACCUGGCAGGGGAUGUCAAGGUUAACAGGAAGAGUUUCUUCAAGUAUAUCGGAGGCAAAAGGAAAACCAGAGAAAAUGUGAACCUGCCAUUGAAUGAGGCAGGUGUCAUGGUGAUGGAGGAUGCAGAGAAGGCAGAGUUACCUAAUGACUUCCUUGCUUCAGUCUUUACUACUCAGGCCAGCCCUCAGGAGUCCCAGACUUUGGAGGUAACAGAAGUCUGGAGGAAGAAAGACUUUCCCUUGAUCGAGGAAGAUCAAGUUAGAGAUCAAUUAAAUAAACUGGAUAUCCCCAAGUCCAUGGGUCCUGAUGGGAUGCACCUGCAAGUGCUGAGGAAGCUGGCAGAAGUCAUUGAAGCCAUCAUCUUUGAAACAUACUGGAGAACAGGAGAGGUGCCUGAGGACUGGAGGAAAGCCAGUGUCACUCUAGUCUUCAAAAAGGGCAAGAAGGAUGACCCAGGAAACUACAGACUAGUCAGCCUCACCUCCAUCCCUGGAAAGGUGAUGUAACAGCUCAUACUGGGGGUCAUUUCAAAACAUGUGGAGGAAAAGAAGGUUAUCAGAAGUAGUCAACAUGGAUUCACCAAGGGAAAAUCAUGCCUGACCAACCUGAUAGCCUUCUACGAGGGCACGACCAGAUGGGUAGAUGAAGGGAGAGCAGUGGACAUUGUCUACCUUGACUUCAGCAAGGCUUUCAACACCAUCUCACACGGAAUCCUCAUAGGCAAGCUUAGGAAGUGUGGGUUAGAUGAACGAACAGUGGGGUGGGUUGGAAACUGGCUGAAAGACAGAGCUAAGACGGUUGUGGCCAGAGGCACAGAAUCUAGUUGGAGGUCUGUAACAAGUAGUGUUCCCCAGUGGUCAGUACUGGGUCCAGUCUUAUUCAAUAUAUUCAUCAACCACCUGGAUGAAGGGAUGGAGUGCACCCUCAGCAAAUGUCAGCUGCAACUGGACUCUGAAUCCACUUCUGAUCAUACAACAUACAGAGAACAGACAGGAAAAAUUAGUGCUGUAGAUAUGCGAAAUGUAUACGAAGAUGUUACAUUUCAGCGGAACAUAUGUGCUUUGCCUUGUUGCUUGCAACAUCCUGGUGGACAGAUCCUCAGCUCAGAUUCUAGCAAGAAACAUAAGCAUGCUGCGGCACAUUUACAAGAAACUACAGGAAUCCGGGGACUGAGGUCAAGUGAGCAGACUCCUAGGAGCCUCCCGUCCCGCCAGCACCGCUUCCCAGCUGUUCUCCAGCAGCCCGUAAAGCGCAGCACCAAGGCUCCGCAAUUUGGAGAGUUGUCAGUGCUAGCUGGGUGGCAGGCACAAGUUUUCGUCCGUGGAUUUGGCCCCUCGGUUUCCAUGGAUCAGGUCAGAAUCUCCCAUCCGGCAUCGUUAGGCAAGUGCCACCAUGCACAGCACUCACAGGGGCUGGGGGCUUAUCACAGUCCUCGUUUCCUUGUGACCUUCGAAGCUGCAGGCGCGUGGGCUGCGAAAAUCCCACCUGAGCCAACAGGCAACGCUUUGGGCCAAGAAGUUUCGGCCGAGCAGCCUGCGCAGCAGGAGGGCAGCGUGGGAGUCAAGGGGCGAUGCCAGGCAUGA